AUGGCAGGUCUUCAAGAGAAUCGUACGCUGCGCAUCCUCAAUGCUGCAGCCGCAGGCAAAUAUGGCGUUCUUUCAGCAAUUGCCUACAAUGUCGAACACCUCACCGCGCUUGUCCAUGCCGCUGAAGCACGACGUUCGCCUCUAAUCAUCCAACUCUUCCCGUCAACACUCACGCAACUUCCACUACUUGCGCACGCAGCCGCACAGGCAGUGAAGACCGCGACUGUGCCGCUGUCAUUACAUAUCGAUCACGCACAGAACGAAGAGCAGAUCCGAGAGAUCAUCGCGACACUGCCAGUCGACUCAGUCAUGGUCGACAUGUCACAUUAUGAGGAGGCCGAAAACCUGGAGAAAACAGAGCGCUUGACAAAAGAAUGCCAUGCAAAGGGCAUCGCUGUGGAGGCUGAGAGUGGAAGGAUAAAUGGCGGCGAAGACGGGAUCGCAGACACGGGGGAUCUAGAAGCACUGUUUACAUCCCCUGAAGAUGUCGAUAAAUUCAUCUCUGUCGGGAUCGACAUCCUCGCGCCUUCUAUCGGCAACAUCCACGGCGACUACGGGCCUUCGGGCCCUGCAGAAGGACAGAUCCACUUCGACCGCCUCGAAGCUAUCAACAAGCAAGUCAACAACCGCGUGCUAGUCGCGCUGCAUGGAACAAACGACUUCCCGGCUGAAGUCAUGAAGAGGUGUAUACGCGCCGGUGCGAUAAAGCUGAAUGUCAAUAAGCUCUUGCUAGAAGUGGGGAAUGAGGUGCUCAGGAAAAACGCAGCCAGCACGCCACUAGUAAAGCUGAUUGACCAACAAAUGGAAGCCGUACAAGCGGAGACAGAGCGAUGGAUGGACAUUUGUGGAAGCAGUGGAAAGGCGUGA